AUCCAGCGUUCACAGGAGGGUGACUCCUCUUCUACAAACGUAAACGAUUCCAACGCGUCCUUCAACCAAGAGUUGAACUUGCAGUUUUCGGAAAACGGCCUGAUCCUCUUCCGGAUGGUGUGUUUUCAUGGUGGAAAACAAUACCGAAUGCACCUGACAAAACGAUAAUCGUCGCGAAUGGUCUUGAUGCUUAUUUCUUUGUCCGUUUUGUUGAAGUUUUUGGGUUGUCACGGUGUAGAGCGACCACCAGAAUCCAUUUCUCAAUAUGGCGCGGGUUCCUCGAGUCUUUUCCAGUUCAUAUUUCCAAUCCAGAUAAGAUAUUGGGUCAGACGUCUCUAUGAUGUUCCGCCCUCACCAAACGAUACCCGUCUCCGGGGCUUGUGUUGCAUGCCUGAGCUCUUUCCGUUGUUUUGUCCGUUGCCAGCCAUGCUGUUGCGGGGAAGCUUUCUAGGAGAAAGGUCUAUCGCUCGGCAGCCGAAGGUGAUACAGCGAUUUCAGUUCUCAAUGCUACAACUAGUUUGCGUUCUCCACUAGGAGGUGCGGCGGGCGGUGCACUCUCCAUCUUCAAAAGGGCUGGAGUUGGCAAUGAAUUAGAGGACCAAUGCUCACGCUGGAUUGUGUCACGUAGAAGUUCAGGGAGAAUAGGCCGAUUUGGGCAAAUAUGGUGGUGCCGUGACCGACGUAGUUGCCAC